UGCUCUUCCAUGUAGAGCGUCGUCCCACACGCACGCACGACGGGCUGACCUACGCACGCGCACAUCCAGACUCCAGAGGAUCAGAUGCAGCCGCCGCGCGGAUCGACCUCCGCCAUUUGCCGGGCUCAACCCUAGCCGCGCUACCAGCAUUCCCCCGCGCUGUCGUCCCGAUCCGGCGCCGUCGUCCCAUGCUGCUACCAGUCCAUCAGCUCCCGGCCUCCCUCCGGCCUCCAUCGUCUUGCGCGCGAGCCGGGAGCCCAACCUCCGCUGCGCCCCGAGCGUCGUCCGCUCCAGGACGAGACCGCCGUGUUGUUGCGGUCCUACCGGCUGCUGGACCGCUACAUAUUGCGGAUGAGGAGCCCAUUUUGCGCCACAACUCCUUUGCUCGCAGCAUGAGAGCUCCAUCCAUGGCUAUCGAAGAAGCCACCUCUUUAGACCAUCAGCACAUGGCCGUGCUCUCACUCGCGUCGGCAUGGAUGCGCUCUCUAACAGAUCAAACAAAGGCGGCACCGAGCUAUCAGAUUGUUCUAAUCCUGGCUGUGGUGUUGUUGACUCAAUCACAACGAAUCCAGAGUUCUCAGAACUGCAAUCUGGAAGAUCAGCACCAAAGUGGAAAAAGUAGUACAUUUUGAUUUAUUUUCUACUGGGAUUGUUUAACUAUUGUUAGAAGUAAUUUUUCUGUGCUGUACGAUGGUGAUAAUGGCAUACUAUCUGAA